GGGUAACAGUGCAUAUCCCAGAAAUACAGGACUAAUUACAGUAAUCCUAACCCUAACCCCACCCAGACACAGACCAACCUCGAUACCUGGACUGCGUUUUUACUUUCAUGGACAAACAUCACCGACUGCUGACUGGCACGCACAAAUAAAAGGCUAUGAACCCAAGUCAUUUGGCCAAACUGAGAAUGUUACCUCUUAUAACCCCAGGAGCACGGAUGACCAACGAUGAUACCGACAGUGACCAGUUUCUUUCAUUUGCAAAAAGGUCCCGUACAGUAUGGCGGAGCUAUGAGAUGGAGACAGCCUUCACGCCGGCUCCAUGCUGGAGGCGUUAUGCCCCGGUCCAUGAUCUGUCGGACCUGAGCCAACGGCCUGGCGUACAGCACUUCCCUCAUAAUUUUCUCGUGACAGAGAACUACAUGGAUGCAUCUGCAGGAAUGGCAGGGUGCGCUGUGUCCUCAAAGCCCCUCUCGGGACAGAGGCUGCCUCAGGCUCCGGAAAAACUGCCCACGCCCAGGGAGCUGAUGGGCCAGCGGAGGAGGGGCGGGAGGCGGGAAGGGGUGGGGGGGUCGACGGCAGGCGACGUCGCACAGCACAAGGCCGAAGCAGUGCUGCAGCACAUCAGGGACUUGAAGAAGCGGCAGAGCGCCAUCGACAAGCUGAAGACGGAGAAGUGGUGGAGCUCAACAAGCUGCCAGGACAGCCAGGAGGACUCGUGGGGGGCGGUGGAGGGCUGUCCACUGUCACCGAUGACCAAAUCAGCACUGCAGGCUGGGGGCACAGCCCCACCCCAUUCCGAUUCCCAUGGGUCAUGUGACCAAGAGGUGACGUUUGGCACACAGUUAGAGAAGCAGGAUCUUGCUCCAGGAGGAAACCCGAUGAUGUCGUUCGUCAUGACAACUGCAGAUAAACAGGACCACCACAGUCGGAAUAUCCCAUUUUGGCGUCGGUUUGGAGGAACUUCGUACAACAUAGAGCAAUAACUCUAAAAAAACAGCUUUGUUCAAAAGCGAAGCUACCUGUCAUGUAUGCUUUCUGUGAAAAAAAAAUUGUCUUAGAUUUUGUCAGUUAGAGGGGAGGGACUGGUGCUAUGGCAAAACUAAUAUCCGUAAAGCAAUUCAGAGAUAGAAUUUAAAUUUAACGCAAUUGUAAUGCUUUGGACCGUAGAAGCGAUGUAAACACACGCUAGUCAAUCUGAAGGCUAAACCUUUAGCCUAAUUUGGGAGCAAGAAAACCGAACUGAGGAAGGCUGUUUAUAAAGAGCAUUUCCGUGUUACUCCUGUCACACCUAUCUUACCAUUAUAAACAGCAAUAUAUACCUACCUACCACUACAAAACUGACAAUAUUUAAUUAAAGCCUCAUUAAACAUGUUCGGCGCGCUUAAGCUGCAUGACCUUAAUUAAAGCUACGGUUCUGAUGGUGAUACAAAAGCAUUGCGGUUUUCAAGGGAAAACUGAGCAUGCAGCAUUGUUUUCGUACCGUCAGGAUCUCGAAUGAAAGAAGAUAUUGGUUCGCGUUCAUCUCCUUUUACGGAAGUUUCGAAUUAAAAAAAAAAGGUUUGAUAGAGUAUUUCCUUGUAUUUCCUCUGACACGCCUGACACCUCCUGGCAGGACGAGGCAACACAUUAAAAGUAAUUAUUUAUCGUCGGGAAUGGCUCCGCUGCUGCGGUUUGGUUUGGUAACACCUGGAAGUCUCAGCUGUCAGACACACAUUAACGUUUAUUCCACCUGUGACAUAGAGUUCAUUUAUUGAUUAAGGUCCUGGCCCUUUCUUAAUGCCGCAGUGUCAAAGUUGUGUUGCUUUUUGCGAUAAAAUGACGCGAAGUCUGUUCGCUUUUUUCUGCUGUAAAAAGGAUUCACUUGUUGUAUAACACCCAGUUUCGCAUUACAUUAACAUAUUCAGAUUAAGCUAUUUGGUUUUUAUUGGUUUGUUCUAAUUGUAUAACCUGUUACUCCAUGUUUCUUUAAUUUUAACCAGUUCGGGUGUAUUUCACGGGAAAUUGAGUUCAACUUAGCUAAAGAUAAGCUAUAUUGCAUUUGUCCAGCAGCGGAAACGGGUACUGGAAAAAAAGCGUUUAAAUCUUUUAAUAAUGAAUAAAGAGGUUUCCGGAUAAA